ACCAAAUAAGGGAAGCGCCCGGUUGAAAGCAAAAGGGGGGGUUGCGUGGCGAUUAACAUUCAUGCAGGAAUCAGCGUAGGUUUGUAUGUGUGAGCGCACAGGGGUGUGUGCAGAGCCCAGCCCAGCCCAGAGAGAGCGAGGGGGGAGAGAGAAAGAGUAAAAGUAAAAGAAAAAGCGAGCCCAGAGAGCGUGUGUCCCCGCUUGUCCCGGCUCUGCCGCCCUCCUUGUCUCCAGCUCCAGCUCCAGCUCCACGGGACAAUGUCCAGCAAAGACGGCGCACUCCAGGAGAAGUACAAGCUGGUGGUCGUGGGAGGCGGAGGGGUGGGCAAAAGUGCCCUCACCAUCCAGUUCAUCCAGUCGUACUUCGUCUCGGACUAUGACCCAACGAUCGAGGACUCCUACACCAAGCAGUGCGUCAUAGAUGACCGGGCCGCGCGGUUAGACAUUUUGGACACGGCUGGCCAAGAGGAGUUUGGGGCCAUGAGGGAACAGUACAUGCGGUCGGGGGAAGGGUUCCUCCUGGUCUUUGCCAUCAACGAUCGGGGAAGCUUUGACGAGAUCAGCAAGUUUCACCGGCAGAUUUUGCGCGUGAAGGACAGGGACGAGUUUCCGAUGAUCCUCAUUGGGAACAAGGCGGAUCUCGAGCACCAGAGACAGGUGACGAAAGAGGAAUCUGACAAUCUUGCCGGGCAGCUCAGAGUCACCUACCUGGAAGCAUCGGCAAAAAUCCGGUUGAAUGUAGACAAUGCGUUUCACAAUCUGGUGCGGGCCAUACGGAAGUUCCAGGAGCUGGAGAGCCCGCCGAGCCCCCAGCCCAAGCCCACCAAGCGGGAGUCCAGCGGCUGUCCGUGCCUCCUCCUGUGAGACCCUCGCCCAGCCCCCACACUGGGCCUCACCUCCAGCCUGGGCCCGGCACCUGCUGCUCUCGACUUCCUCCACAACAACCUACUGACGACACCUCCACACCCAGCAAACACACUGGCUUGGAUGAAGACUGCUCCCUCACCCCUCCUUCCCUCCAUCCCUCCCUUCCCCCCCAUAUCCACUCCCCCCUACCCCCCCACGCCCUGGCUCCACCCCCAUCACCACCCACCCUCUCGCCCCCGCUCAGGAACAACACACGCCAUUCGGCCCAGCGGUACUAGCCCACAACUAUGGAGACCACGGCCUUUGUUGACUGGAUGAACCUCUUCCACAGCCCAUCUCCCUUCGAGAAAGAAAACGUCUCGGGCGCUGAUUCUAUAUUUUUUACCCGGAGAGGAUCGGACGACAGGGAAACCCUUCCGGGAAAAGCGAGAGCGGGAGGGAAUGCCGGAGAGAGGGUGGGGAAUGUUGGACUGAGGAGGCGUUGAGUUUGGAGGAGGGGAUGUUUUGAGACCAGCCUUGGUCCCACUCAACUUAACACUACGGGUCACUAGAUCACUGAACGCAAUUUUUUCCACUGCCCUUUGGAGCGGGGAGCAGUUGGGACCAUCCACUUCUGCGGGAAAACGGGAAUUCCAGGAAGGCCACUUGUUGGUUUGGGAGUCUGUUGUCUUCACUCUCGUUGCAAACAUAGGCCAAAGCAAAGUAAAAGCCCCCCGCACGCUAACUCCACCAUCUCCUGGUUGCCAAACACUUCAACUCCCCCUUCCCAUUCCCACACUGACCUUUCUGUCCUGG